CCACUGAGGCACGAUGGGAACUCCCAUUAGUGCCUUUUUUAAAAACUAAACGUCUCUAAUUUAAAUCUUUGAGUUGACCUGUUUUAGGUCUCUUGUGGCAAUUUUGGAAUAAAACUUCAUACAUACUCAUAAUUAACUUAUCUCAGACUUUUCUUAAACCCAUUGUAAGGUUCAGAUAUCAAAUAUACAUAAAUAUUACUAUGAUAAUAGACAUGACUUUGUCCUUCGUGACUGUGUGUACAUGUGUGUACAUAUGUGUCUUAUGUUCCAUCUCACGCUAAUUAGCACAUUAUAGUGGCAAUAACCUUAGGAUUCUAUGAGAGAAAAGAGUUCUGUUCAAAGACUGUCAGCUAGCUUGAGUAGUUCCUUGACUUAUGGUAUUCAUUUAGUAAAUGUUAAUUACAUCACUGUGGAAAGGAGGGAGACAGGGAGAGAGAAGGAGAGAGGGAGAAAAGGAGAUAUUUCAUACGCUCUCCACUAUUGGGUGACAUUGUUAUCUGUUCAGUAAUGAGAACAGCACAUGUGCUCAAUAGAUAGUUUUUGAAUCUGUGAAUGAAUGGGUGCCCAGCUGGGACUAUUAGUUACAAUAUUGCUUGAAGGCAAAGAGAUGGAGUAGUUAUCUUCAGCUCUCUUCCUGUUCUAGGGUUCUGUAGUUUCUUUGCCUACUAAAAGCUGGUUAGGUUACAACUUGAUUUUGAAGUCGGUAAAACAAAAUACUUUCAGAUGAAAGGCAGAGAGAAAAUACUCCUUAACUUUAACACCAGGAAAGCCUAAUAAAUAUUACCAAGAAUAUGGAUAAGCAAUGUAAAUUCAUAAAAACUAUGCAUACCAGUAGCACUAACUUGUGGCUGGAAUAAGGACUUUAAAUGUGCCCAGUUUUAUUCUAUCCAAUAUUAGCUUUCCCGGUUUCGGUAGUGCACAUAUGAAUGCAGGCAGCCGCCUUUCUGAUGUACAGUUUCUUGCACUGAUAAAGAAAAAAUGCUGAAGUCAUGAGGCUGCUCCAGGCAGAGCCCUCAUGUGAGUCAUAUGAAAGCUCCAGCACUGCUGACCUCUGGCAAAAAGGGAGUGGAAACAAGGACAGGAGAGGCAGAGGGAGAGAGGUUCAAGUGCGGGUUUUCUCCUUGAACCUAGAAGAUUAUGGGUCAAGAGCUGUGUGCAAAGACUCUCCAGCCUGGAUGCAGCUGCCAUCGCUGUUGGGAGGGAGGCGAUGCACACAGCGGUCAGAGGAGUGCGCCUGUGACCGUGGAGGCUGCGAUGGAGCUAGCAGACCUAAAAGAAGCAUCAUGUUCCAUGACUUCAUUUCACCCCAGGGGACCUCAGUCUGUCCAUGCCCGGAAGUUCAAGAAUAAAAGGCCACGGAGUAAUAGCGAUUCUUUUCAGGAAGAGCAUCUGAGGCAGAGUUUUCAGUGGACGAAGAGCCUUCCCUUUGGGGCAGCCUCAUCUUACCUGAACUUGGAGAAGCUGGGUGAAGGCUCUUAUGCUACAGUUUACAAGGGGAUCAGCAGGAUAAAUGGACAACUAGUGGCUUUAAAAGUCAUCAGCAUGAAUGCAGAGGAAGGAGUCCCAUUUACAGCCAUCCGGGAAGCUUCUCUCCUGAAGGGUUUGAAACAUGCCAAUAUUGUGCUCUUGCAUGACAUAAUCCACACCAAAGAGACACUGACAUUCGUUUUUGAAUACGUGCACACGGACCUGGCCCAGUAUAUGUCCCAGCACCCAGGAGGGCUUCAUCCUCACAAUGUCAGGCUUUUCAUGUUUCAACUUUUGCGGGGCCUGGCAUACAUCCACCACCAACACGUUCUUCACAGGGACCUGAAACCUCAGAAUUUACUCAUCAGUCACCUGGGAGAGCUCAAACUGGCUGAUUUUGGUCUUGCUCGGGCCAAAUCCAUUCCCAGCCAGACAUACUCUUCAGAAGUUGUGACUCUCUGGUACCGCCCUCCUGAUGCCCUGCUGGGAGCUACUGAGUAUUCUUCUGAACUGGACAUAUGGGGUGCAGGCUGCAUCUUUAUUGAAAUGUUCCAGGGUCAACCGUUGUUUCCUGGGGUUUCCAACAUCCUUGAACAGCUGGAGAAGAUCUGGGAGGUGGUGGGAGUCCCUACAGAGGAUACCUGGCCUGGGGUUUCCAAGCUACCUAACUACAAUCCAGAAUGGUUCCCACUGCCUAAGCCUCCGAGCCUUCAGGAUGUCUGGCACAGGUUGUGCAGGGCUCCUGAAGCGGAAGACCUGGCCUCCCAAAUGCUGAAAGGCUUUCCCAGAGACCGCGUGUCCGCCCAGGAAGCGCUGGUUCACGAUUAUUUCAGUGUGCUGCCAGCUCAGCUGCACCAGCUUCCUGACGAGGAGUCUUUGUUUACAGUUUCAGGGGUGAGGCUAAAGCCAGAAAUGUGUGACCUUUUGGCUUCCUACCGGAAAGGUCAUCACCCGGCCGAGUUUAGCAAAUGCUGGUGAAAAGAAAGGGCGAGAUCACCAAGAUCUUCCAGGGCUCCUUUACUGCUGAUUCUGUUUUAAUUUGCUUCCGCUUACUAAGAAGCUUCAACUCUAACUCCACACUGGACCAAGGGUUUUAUACCAUCACCUGUGCAAUGAAAUAUUGUAAAUAUGAUGCUGAAGGCAACAGUACAUAAUACUUGAAGAAAAAAGCAAUGACAGGUUAUUGAAGUUGUCAUUUGCCUAGAAUGUAAGAGUGAUUGGCUCAGAAAUUAGACCUAGACUGAAAUCAUCUUGGAAGAGGACUUCUGAAUAAUUUCAGGCACUUCUUUAUUUGAUAGAGAGACCCCUGGGCCAGAAGGAGAACGGGACAGAUGGAAAACCAACAAGUGAAACUUUGCAGACAGAGCUGGUGCUUGAAGAGGCUGUCAAUCCUAUGUUCACUUACAGUUUCCUCCAACAAAAGGACUUCUGUGGCAAGGAGAGAAGUCUAAAGUUUAGAAAAGUCUCUGGGGAAGGUGAUUUCUUGGAUAAAGUUGUCAACAAAAGGACUUGCUUAAGACUCUUUGUUAUGAUGUCCUAGGGGGCACUUCUUCCUUCACUAACUGGAUUAUCAAGACAUAUUACCUACCACCCCACCCCAGCCAGAUUUUAGGAGUUCGGAUUAAGCUGCUGUUAGGAUUAAAUUUCAAACUGUCUCCUUCUACUGAGUCUUAAUUGUCUGGGAUGUUAGCAAAGUGAUGAGGAAUCUCAGCUCUGAUUUGAUGGCAGAGAUACUGAAUAGAUAGAUAAGAGCAAAGAGCUCCAAAGUUGUAAUUUAAGUCCUGUUGCACCAUCAGACACACAUGCGUGUGUGCACACACAUAAGCCUCAAAUAAAAUGAGAGAUCUGUCUCA